AGGGAGAGAGAGAUUUUUGACUAAGCGUCUCUUCCUCUGCAACGACUUCACACGAUUCCAUUUCACUAACCGUUGAACACUCAACCCGUCAAUAAUAAUAGGGUAUAUACUCGAACAAAUCAAUAUUACCAGAAAAAUCCCUCUUUAAUUCUCCACUUGCAUGCUCAAUUUCCGCAAAUAAUUGACAUAAUUAUUGUUUUAAUGUCCAUUUUCCCCCUUCUGCUAAGGAAUUACUAUUUCUUUGACUCGUGAUUUUAACUUCUUCAGAUUGAUUUGAGAUCGAGUUUUGGAUUAGGGUUUCGAGUUAUUGUGGCUAAGAUUGACUUUUUCUGUAGGUUUUUAGGUGGUCGGUGGUUGUUUAGCAUUAGUUUAGUAGAGUAGUGGUGAAACAUAUAGGUUUUUAAUGGAGAAUCUAGGCUUUUAAGUGAUAGGUUGAGGUGAAAUGAUAAUGGAGCGGUCGGUAUUUACGAUCACAAUCUUGGGGUUUCUCUUCUUAAUUUUCGGGAUUUCGCAAAUUUCACUGGUUUCUGCCAACGCUGAAGGCGAUGCCUUGAAUGCUUUUAAGACAAACUUGGCAGAUCCUAACAACGUUCUUCAGAGCUGGGAUUCUACACUUGUCAAUCCUUGCACUUGGUUUCAUGUUACAUGCAGUAAUGACAAUAGUGUUACUAGAGUUGAUCUCGGAAAUGCAAAUUUGUCCGGUCAACUUGUUCCGCAGCUUGGUUCACUCCCGAAUUUGCAGUACUUGGAACUUUACAGUAACAACAUAAGUGGAAGAAUUCCAAAUGAUCUUGGGAACUUAACAAACUUGGUGAGCUUGGAUCUUUACGUGAACAAUUUAAGUGGUCCCAUCCCCACGACCCUGGGCCAGCUUCAGAGAUUACGUUUCCUGAGGCUCAACAAUAACACUUUGACUGGAACUAUUCCUAUGCCUCUGACCAAUGUCGCUACACUUCAAGUCCUUGAUCUGUCAAAUAACAAUUUAUCAGGGCCAACUCCAAUCAAUGGCUCCUUUCAACUUUUCACACCUAUCAGUUUCAAAAAUAAUCCUAACCUGUUACCUGCUCCCGUAUCUCCAUCACCUCCACUUCAACCGAAAAACCCAUCUUCAUCGCGAGUUGGCAACAGUGCAACUGGGGCCAUUGCAGGAGGAGUUGCUGCUGGAGCGGCUCUUCUCUUUGCUGGUCCUGCAAUAGCGCUUGCUUGGUAUCGACGAAGGAAGCAACCUCUUCAUUUCUUUGAUGUUCCUGCUGAGGAGGAUCCAGAAGUCCAUCUAGGGCAGCUCAAAAGAUUUUCUUUACGUGAACUCCAAGUUGCAACGGAUAAUUUUAGCAACAAAAAUGUUCUUGGCAGGGGUGGAUUUGGCAAAGUUUAUAAAGGCCGGUUGGCUGAUGGUCGUCUUGUAGCAGUUAAAAGAUUAAAAGAAGAACGUACACAAGGUGGAGAGCUUCAGUUUCAAACUGAAGUAGAAAUGAUCAGCAUGGCUGUGCAUCGAAAUUUACUUCGGUUACGUGGCUUUUGCAUGACACCUACAGAACGAUUGCUUGUUUACCCCUACAUGGCUAAUGGAAGUGUAGCAUCAUGCUUAAGAGAACGAUCUGAAUCACAGCCUCCACUUGAUUGGACAAUUAGAAGGCGUAUAGCAUUGGGAGCUGCAAGGGGGCUUGCUUACUUGCAUGAUCAUUGUGAUCCUAAGAUUAUUCACCGUGAUGUCAAAGCUGCAAACAUAUUGUUGGAUGAAGACUUUGAAGCAGUUGUUGGUGACUUUGGGCUGGCCAAACUCAUGGACUACAAGGAUACUCAUGUUACCACGGCUGUACGUGGCACAAUUGGUCAUAUAGCUCCCGAGUACCUCUCCACCGGUAAAUCUUCCGAGAAAACUGAUGUUUUUGGAUAUGGAGUCAUGCUUCUUGAGCUCAUUACUGGGCAGAGAGCUUUCGAUCUGGCUCGUCUUGCUAAUGACGAUGAUGUGAUGUUACUGGAUUGGGUCAAGGAACUUCUGAAGCAGAAAAAGUUGGAAACUUUAGUCGAUGCAGACCUCCAGGGCAAUUAUAUUGAGGAAGAGGUGGAGCAGCUAAUUCAAAUGGCUUUGCUUUGCACACAAAGUUAUCCUACGGAGCGUCCCAAGAUGUCGGAUGUUGUCAGGAUGCUUGAAGGCGAUGGCUUGGCUGAGAAGUGGGAUGAGUGGCAGAAGGAAGAAAUUUUACGACAAGAGUUAAAUCCCAUCUACCACCCGAAUACUGGCUGGGCAAAUCCUGUCUCGACUUCCAAUGUCCUACCAGAUGAGUUAUCCGGACCAAGAUAAUCUUCAAUGAUCAAACAUAUAUAAAACUCAUGGAGGCCCUCUGAAUUUGAUUGAUAAUUGUCUUCUUUGUAAAUGAUAAUAUAUUUUUCGAUUUUUGUUCAGGUUCCAGUUUAUUUCAUGUUUCGGAAUUCUGAUGACGCAGGGAUGUUUGUAGGUCACCACUUGACAUUUUCUUGUGCAAGCAGCAGAAAUGGCUUUGGAAGUCUCUGUCAAUGUACAUUUCUUUUUACGUAUUGAAUAGUGAAAGCAUAAAAAAAAUAAUCAGAAUUGCCACAA